CAUCAAAGUCAGUCUUUUCAUUGGGUUCAUAUUUUGAUUUUUUGUUUUAUAUCGAAGAAAAGGAAGAUAGCAGUGGAGACGUGAAUUAAAAUAUAAUAAAUUAACGCUUUGGUGUAAUAGAACAGUGAGCCGUGAAAAAUAACAAAAAAAGGAAAGAAUGAGUGAAUUUUUUAAAUCUGCUAUGGGUUAUUUUAAUAACCCAACAAACGCAUCAACGAAUACUAGCAACAACACAUCACAGCCAAAUAGUGGUGGCUCAUCCGUAAAUGUCAACAACACGUACAGAAGUUCAUCGUCGUCGUUGCAGGAAAAUGACUUUUGUGGUCAAAUAGUUGAAAUCAAUGGCCGAAAAUUGCGUGUAAAAAGAGUUAUUGCUGAAGGCGGUUUUGCAUUCGUUUAUGUCGCCCAAGAUAUUCAGACGGACAAAGAAUACGCUCUCAAGCGACUCAUUGGUGCCGAUAAGAAAGCAUGCCAAGUUAUCAUCAAUGAAAUUAACACACACAAACGUUUGACGGGACAUCCGAAUAUUGUUGGAUUUGUUGCCGCCAGUUUCAUAGAUAAAACCACUGGACCCCAACAGAGGGCUGAAUAUUUACUCCUAACGGAGUUAUGUAAAGGCGGUUCACUAAUUGAUUGCAUGGGCUCUAGCCUAGAUCCUCCAGUAGUUUUAAGAAUAUUUUAUCAGGCCGUUAAAGCUGUUGCUCAUAUGCAUUCUCAAGCGCCGCCCAUUGUUCAUCGUGACAUAAAAAUUGAAAACUAUUUGUUGGGUGAUGACAAGCAACUAAAACUGUGCGAUUUUGGUUCAGCAACAAGUGAGAUUUUCUCACCCACCUUGGAUUGGAAUGCCCAGCAACGAAAUACUCUGGAAGAUCAGCUCAGCAGUGUUACGACACCCAUGUAUCGUGCCCCAGAAAUGCUAGAUACCUGGUCUAACUAUGAAGUGGGCACCAAAGUUGAUGUCUGGUCCUUGGGCUGUAUUUUAUAUGUGCUUUGUUUUCAAAAACAUCCCUUUGAUGAUUCGGCUAAACUACGCAUAAUUAAUGGAAAUUACACGAUACCAACAGAUUCCAGAUUUCAAUGUUUUCAUGAUAUCUUAAGAGGUUGUUUAACUGUUGAUCCUGCACAACGCUUUAGUAUUUCAACAAUAUUAGAUCGCUUGGCUGCCAUAUCGGAGACAAUGCAGUGGAGCCUAAAAGGUCCUUUGGAUCUACGUGGUAAACCCAUUGUAACCACCACACCGGAGCAUUUAAGCCCAAAUCCAAUGGCACAGCCUCAGCAGCAACGUUCCUCAGCAGGCAGUUCAAUAUUUUAUGAUGAUCCUUCCAAUGUACCACCAGGUCAACAAAUGUCUUCGCAACAACAACAACAACAACCGCAACAAAGUUCCUCUUCUUCGGUUAACUCCACCAAUGGCAGUUUACUGUCCUCUUUACGUGGUGGUGCUGGUAGUUUUUUAAAAAAUCUCAAAGAUACCUCCUCCAAAGUUAUGCAAACCAUGCAACAGACAAUCGCACGUUCUGAUUUGGAUAUUAGCUACAUAACAUCACGAGUUUUGGUCAUGCCAUGCCCUUCGGAGGGUUUCGAGUCGGCAUAUAAAACCAACAACAUAGAGGAUGUGCGUCUAUCAAUUGAAAGUCGAUUUCCUCCGCAAAAAGUUAGUGUUUAUAAUUUUGGUCCUAGAUCUUGCCCACGUUUAGCACCACCAGUGCGCACUGUGGAGGCUGGCAGUAUAUAUGGUUGUUCCCAGGCGCGUGCACCUAAUUUGCAGGGACUUUUCUCCGUUGCCGAGGAUAUGUAUGGUUUCCUUACCGCUGAUCCCAAGUCAAUUGUUAUAAUACAAACUGGGGAUUCAGGAGGCUGUACGGCAGCCACACUGGUCUGCGCCUUGCUAAUGUAUUCAGAUCUCAUCUUGGAGCCGGAAGAUGCUGUACAGGUAUUUGCCGUCAAGCGACAUCCCAUCAAUCUAAGGCCAUCCGAAUUUCGUUAUCUUUAUUAUUUGGGUGAUAUACUACGACCCACUCCACUGCUGCCUCACUAUAAAAAUAUUAAUUUAAUAUCGCUAAGUUGUCAACCAGUACCUCGUAUGACUAAGACCCGUGAUGGUUGUCGCAUUUAUGUUGAAGUAUACAACAAUGAACGUCUCUUGCUCUCCACAAUGCAGGACUAUGAAAAGAUGCGUUUGUAUAUGGCGGGUCCGGGUAAAAUCACUUUGCCCCUCAAUGUGACAGUAUGUGGUGAUUUUGUUGUGGUUCUAUAUCAUGCCCGCAAGGGUAUGGUUAGACCACAGGGUAUAAAGAUAUGUCAAUUUCAAUUACAUACUGGUUUCAUACCCGAACAAGAGACAUUGAUUAAUUUUGCAACACAAGAUUUGGAUGAUUUGCCCACUGAUGCGGAGUGUGUGGCAUCGAAUUUUGCCGUAUCUUUGUCUCUGGCUGUUAUGGAUAGUGAAACGCCACCGGCCCGCAAUCCGCCAUGGCUUUUGGCAAAACCCAGUCGUAAUGCUUUUAAUUUGUUUAGUUCCCAAUUGGAAUACGAAGAAAUGAUUGAUAAUUUUGUAACGAAGCCAACAACAAGCAAGAGCACGAUGCCAGUGCAACCGACAAGGGCUGCUGCUGAGCCUGCAAAUAAAGAAAAGCCUAUGACUCCGCCGUUAAUAAUGCCGGAUAUAACAGAAAUUUCCCAUGAAUCCAAUUUUACCCAACCUGAUCCAGCGCCUCCCAUAGAUUUGCUAAAUCUGAAUCAACCUUCUACAUCGCAUCACAACUUUACCGACCCCCAGGCUACAGCUAUGCCUUCAACGGAUGCUAGUUUCGAUCUGCUUGGUGCUUUUGGUGAUGAUGAUUCAUCGGGAAUUGGCACCGCACCAAUACCCGAUAUUUUGGCUAAUAACUCUCAACCUAAAUCGGCGGCAGAUUUGGAUGAUAUUUUUGGGCCGCUUCAUUCGGAAACUUCGACUACAUUUAAUUUGGAUUUCAAUGCGUUUGCUUCGCCAACACCAACACCUCAGACUGCUACAGCUCCACCACCGUUUUGUGGUCCCAAAAUAACAACAAGUAGUUCCGCUUCCAAUGUACCAUUUGGUACAAUGCCUACUUUUACCACACAGACAGCUAGCAAAGAACCAUCACCACAACAACAAACACAGCAGGCCAAAGAUCCAUUUGCCGACAUUGCUAGUCUAGCUUCGGGCUUAAACAUUAACUUUACGCCACAGACACUGGGUGGCAAAUCGGCAGGACACACGCCAGUCGGUACCAGUCCCUUUGCCACACAUUUUUCAAGUCCUACCCAUAACAACAAUGUACCCAAUAGUAACAUUCGUAUGCCUUCUAACACAGUUCCACAGCCAUCACCCAAUCACAUGAAGUCUCCAAAUAAUUCAACAUUUGGCAUGCAACCUCCUCCCACAUCGGCAUUUGGAACUCCCUCACCACAGCCCACCGGAGUUCAAAAUCCAUCAUCCUCUAACACAAACACACGUCCUGACUAUAGUCGCUCACAUUUUGAACAGCCGAAACCUGCGACAGCCUCAGCAUCACAACAGUCAAAGAGUUCAGAUAUUUUUGCGGAUAUUCUUGGAGAACAAGGCUACAAGUUUACCAGUAAAGCCAAUCAGGGCCCAAGAUCGAUUAAUGAAAUGCGUAAAGAAGAUUUAAUCAAAGAUAUGGAUCCCAAAAAAGUUAUGAUCAUGGAAUGGACGGAAGGUAAAAAGAAUAACAUAAGGGCUUUGCUAUGUUCCAUGCAUACUGUGUUAUGGGCAGAUGCCAAAUUGACUAAGUGUGAAAUGUCCCAGCUAAUAACACCGGCAGAUGUUAAAAAAGGUUAUCGCAAAGCCUGUCUAGCAGUACAUCCGGAUAAGCAUAAUGGCACUGAAAACGAAGAGAUUGCUAAACUGAUUUUCAUGGAACUGAAUAAUGCUUGGACUGACUUUGAAAAUGAUGCCACUCAACAGAAUAUGUUCAAUUAAAUACAAAAUAUUGCUACAAUAGAGAUAAAAACAAAACUAAUUAAUUUCUUGAGAUAUUGUGAAAGACGAUGGCAGAAAAACAAAUACGUUAUUGAAUGUGUAAACGAUAGUGCAAUGCUAUCUAUCUCCCCUACUACAAAGUAGAAAUAUUGUCUUUAACAACAUAUUGUUAAGAAAACCGAAGAAAACGGAAUGCGCUAUUAAAUGCUUUAAGCUCUUAAUUCUAAAAUCAAAAACAAACAUAAUUACCAAUAAUUUGCAAACUGUAUAGAAACAAAUUAUAGACUUUAUUUACUUAAUAUUUAUCUACAAAAAAAAAUACAUAUGUUUUUCUCUAAUAUAUCUUAAUUUAUACAAAACUACUAAGUUAAUAGCAAAAUAUUUUCCAAAUGGGACUGUCUUUUUUAGGUUUUUUUUAUUACCUUUCCUUUACAAAAAGAAACAAAAACCGUAAUUCAAAAUGCAAAUUGAAUUUUAGCAAAGUAUUAAAUGUUAAAACACAAAGAAAUUAUCUAAAAAAAAUAUUUUUAGUAUGAAAAUUUUUUAUUAUUAGAACUCAUAGUUUAAUGUGAAAAGCUCAGAAUUUUCCUUCUUUUUUUCUAAAAAAAAAAACAAACAAAAGAAAUCCAUUCCAACAUCCUAGUAAUGUACCAUAUUUAUUUACUUAACAAUGUAAAUAAGUUAAGGAGGAUUCAAUUCCCCAUUAUCUCUUAUUAAAAUCCCUUUUUGCCCCCUACAACUGCAAAGAAACACGGUCUAAACGCAUACAAAAUAAAGAAUAAAUUCUAGAUAUUUUUGUGUCAAUGUAUAUAUUUUAAGAAUAUUAUUACUAUUAUAUACAUAUAUAUUUAGCUAUAAAAUAUAUAUUUGAAUCGUAUGAAAUUACAUUAAAA